ACGUAAUACUCCGUAUGAAGUUAUUUUCUGAAAAUAUGAUUCCCAACAAAUUAAUGCCAUAAAAAAAGCAAGCAAAAGCAAAUUAUUGAGUAUUCUAAUUCAAAAUCCUAUUGCGGAGUAUUAAAACCCUACCUCAGCUCCCAAUUUACGGAAAUGGAGUGAAAGAAGAUUGAUUCUGUGAGUUGUUGCGCCUGUAGCGCAAAACGAAGACGAAGGGGAAGACAAAAUAUUGGCGAAAGCAGAUUUGAAAACGAAAAGGUAUAACCCUGCACUGGUCCCAAUUACGGAGAAACAAGAGGGACUUUGUCCUUUGCUGCACCAGAAACGCAAACGAGGGGAGGACGAAUUGCAGGAAGGAGAUUUGAAGACGAAAGGGGUAAAGAGCGAAAAGAGAAGGAUUUUGUGAUUUUUACGACCCCAAGAACGCAAACCAGAGACUCAGAGAGAACGAAUUGCCGGGAAAAGAUUUGAAGACGAAAGUAUGAAGAAGGGGAAACAUUGUUGACCUUUUUCGGAAAUAUUGUCCAUUUUGUUUUCUACUGGACCUGUUUGAGCAACGGAUGAAGAAAGUUGAACAGUAUCAACCUUUCUCUGAAAGCCCUUCUGUCAUAUGGUGGGAAAUUCUGGGCAGAGUUCCAAUUAAGACAUGCUUAACUUGUAAGCUUGUUUGCAAACAAUGGUAUCAUAUCAUUGUCAGUCCAGAAUUCCCUUCUUUCCGCAGCCAUUGUAAUGCCUCCCGAUUUACCAUCUUGUUCUAUAAUGGCCUGGGUGGUGGCAAGAGACUGAUUUUCAACUUGGUUGAGCUUGAAAAGACAUUGGAUGUCAAUGAUUUGGGUAAUUGUAUUGUGCAUGUUGAUGAUCCAAUCUGCUUUGAGCCAAAAAUUGACACCUCCGGUGAAAUAUGGUCUCUGAAGUAUCAUUGCGAUGGUGGGGUCUGUUUCAGAAGUGGACUAAAUGAAUUCUUUGUAUGCUGUCUACUCACUGGCCAGUGUGUGAAUCUCAAUCUCCAGAAUCUUCCUGAAUUAACGAAGAAAUCUUUUAUUAUAUUUCGUUGUGAAGUGGGGUUCUGCCCAGUGACAAGCCAAUUCAAGGUUCUCUUGUUUCUUUGGGACGCAGAGAAUAAGAUCCAAGUGACAAAGAUACAGACUUUGGGUAAUGGUGAAUGGAGGAGUGUGGGCAGUGCACCCUUGAGGAAGAGGAACUUGGUCAAUGGAUGUUUUCUAAAUGGGUCUAAUCACUGGUGUGGUCCGACCUGCAUAUGGUCCUUUAAUUUUGAGAAGGAGGAGUUUUUGCAAAUCCCAUUCCCUGAUGACAUCAUCAGUUCAACUAAUGUGAAAAAAUUGUCUGUUUUAGACUCUUGCCUAUGUUUGGGAUGUUUCUCCCGGUCCCGUAAUCAGAGUGAUAGAGUUGAGAUGGAGGUAUGGAUAAUGAAGGAGUAUGGUGUGAAAGAAUCUUGGGUGAGACAAUUUGUCAUAUUGGCUGAUGAAUGGAGUGUGCCUCUAGUGCAGAUGGAUACAUGAAAGAUACUUAUAAAGAGUGGAGAUGGCUUAUAUCUAUGUAAUCCGUGGACCCAAGUAUUUGAGAAAGUGAAAUUUGAGAUCAACGGGCUUUCUGAUUGCAUGGUGCCGUUAGCGGCAUUUGAUGCACGUUUCUUUAGAUUCUAAAGAUUCAGCGUCCACAUGAAGAUAGUCUCACUGCAGAAAAUCACACACUUGUGGGUGCUCUCUAAGCCACAGCAGAAUUUUCCUUCUUGUUUAGGAAGGAUGCAUGACUUGGUGGCCAAAAGACAUCUAUAACUCUCUCCUAAGCUUUUGUUCCUUUUGUGAUUGCAAAGUUGAUCUUAUUUUGAAACUUAAAUGUAUUGAUACUCUAAUGUGUGUUUGUUGAUCAUCAACCUUAUAUGAUACUCUUAUU